GAAAUACCCAAUGUGUUGGCGGGAAAAUAAAGGUUCACGAAAUUAGAAGAAAAACCCCUAACUCCUCUCUUCUCUCAUGUUCCAAAUCCAAUGGCGCACACGCAAACCCUACCAUUCAUUCACCAGAUCGAAUCUCUCGUCUCCGAUAAACUUCAAGUGGUUUCGUACAAGUGGCUGAGUCGCAAUUACAUGGUACCGUCCGAUGAGGCAAAAAGGUUGCUUCAGGAGUUUGUGGAAAAACACGAGGGUGGGUUGGAGGUGGUGUAUGCUUUGUCUGGCUGGUUAAAGAGCAACCAUCCUAGUUACCACGUAAGGCUUGUUACCGGGCCGAAGCUUGCAGAAGCACAACGAUUUGAUGGGGAUUGCUCAGUUCAGGUGUAUAGUGUGCAGGCUAGCAUUCCAAAGGAUCCAGCUGUGCUUUGGAAUGCUGAAUUCAUUCAAGCAGAAGAGCUCUUCAAGCAGCCUUCCUCAGUUGAUAAUUGUUUGAGGGAUAAUAGGUUCGGUGGGAUCUCUAAUUCUUUUGUUCAACGGAAUGUGGAUGCCUCAACAGUAGUUUCUGCCGCUCCACAAUCAAAAUCUAUAGCAAGUGAUGGACCUGCAAAGAGUAACAUAGUUCACCAACCUCCUAAAAAUAUAUCACGUGAUUCUAUUGACAAAAUCAAUACCAAACCACAGAAUGUGGCAAAAGAAGUCAAGAUUGAAAGCAAUGCAAUAGGGAAUACUGUUGUUCAUGAUAACAUCAACAAACCUACUGCAGACAAAGAAAAGGCCCUUCCCUUGCCCAAAGGCAAAAAGAAAGUACAAGCUGAUAAAAGUGGCUCUGUGACUGGAGGUUCAUUAACAAGCUUAUGGGGUUGUGCAUCUGCAAAACCCAAGCCUUGCUCCCCACCAGCAGAAAAUAACACAAUUUCAAAUCCUUCUGUGUCUACUGAAGAUGGGCAAACUUCUGCUCAUGAAGCAGAAGAGUGUGACAGUGGUAAUGAUGAUAAUCAUGACAUUUCCUUGAGAAGGUCAUCCAAUAGGAAAAGAAGGGUUGUCUUUGAUUUCUCAGAUGAAGAUGAAGAUGUUGUCAAUUUAGCAUCACCUGAUUUCCCAAAUAAACAGUCAUCUCAAGAUUCUAGACAAAAUGACAAAACAUCAUUAGAGAAAGCCAAUUUGAAUUUUGACGUGCAGGAAGAAAAUAAAUCAAAGAUCAAGGAAGAGAGAACAACUGACAAAAAAGCUCACCAACCACUGAGAGAUAAUGUAUCAGCUAUCAGCAAGUGCACAAAUAACGGGAAAUCAUCUUCUGAGAAGUUGCAGAGUUGUAAUCCUGAAGUUAGUGUAAAUAAGAAUAGUGUAAACAAUGCUGCUCCAUGUUCACCUAAGAGGAGAAAAGUUAUGAAGACUAGGAUUGAUGAACGAGGGAGAGAAGUAACUGAAGUAGUCUGGGAGGGUGAGGAGACAGAAGUGAAGAAACCUGAUAAGGUUACAACAAAGAAAGCUGACAGUAAUGCACCUUCCAAUGCUGUCAAUAGUGCUCCAGCAACUAAGAAGCAACCUGCAAAUUCAAAUGGAAAAGGAGGAAACAAGAAAGCUGGAAACAAGGAUCCCAAACAGGGCAAUAUUCUUUCAUUUUUCAAAAGAGUUUGAGAACUUCACAAAGAAUUACUAUGUUCCGAAGAGACGAUCCUUUUACUGGGUCAUUCAUCAAUGCUAGUUUUUUCAUGGUGAAGAUAUUGCAUCUGUAGUUUUGCUUCUUUUAGUUUAGGGUUUCACUGUAAUCCGGAUACAGGAUUGGUUGUGUUAUGUUUCCCUCACGCACCCUACUGUUCUUGCCUGAAAAGGUAUAGUUUACGUACAGGUCAAUGAACAAUGAAUGAUGUUGCGAUGGGUAACUCUUUGGUCUUGCUUGCA